AGUGAAACGUCCAAUUUAGUCAACAAAAACACGCGACUUUCAGUACACUGUUUAUCUCUAAAUUUUCCUUGGAAAACUCGAGAAAAUGGACUCUGGGGUGGAAAAUCAGAAGAUAUUUUGUGUGCCUGGACAGAGAUUGUGCUGUGCGGAUGAAAAUACAGUGGCCGGACACGGAACUUACGAGAGAGGAGAUGGCUACAUUUACACAGUGUUAACCGGCCAAGUCAAUAUAUGGAAAGAAAAAUCGACAACUUUCAUAGAGGUAAAGCCACUGGGAAUGGAGACAAUUGUGCCAACUGUUGGGGAUGUUGUAACAGCGAAAAUAACAGUUGUGAAUCAGCGAUUUGCAAAAUGCCUCAUCUUUAGUGUUGGCCACAAAAUCCUCAACAGAAGUUAUCGCGGAGUGCUGAAGAAGGAGGACAUCAGAGCAGCUGAGAGGGACAGUGUGGAGGUACAAAAGUGCUUCCGUCCAGGAGAUGUUAUCUUGGCAAGAGUGAUGCCGCAGACGGAAUUGCACCACUAUCAGCUGACAACGGCGGAGAAUGAGCUCGGAGUGGCGAUGGCGAUAUCAAAGAAUGAUUCAACGGGAGUUGUUCCGAUGGUUCCUAUCAGUUGGGACGAGAUGCAAUGCCCUGAGACUCUGAUGAAGGAACCACGGAAAGUGGCGCGUGUGGUUUCCACGAACUAUUGUUUACCAGAUUUGCCACGAAAAGAUUAAAUGU